UAUGAUUCAGCACUGGCUGCCCCCGCCCUGCCCCGCCCCACCCUAGUUCUGUAGGGUGGCCCUCGUGCCCAGCUCUGGGAUCUGGGGUCUUUCUUCUGGGAGUUAGUUCCGUUCCAGGGACUGACCUGUUCAAGGGGUUGGCAAUAGGGUGCUUCACCUGUAGGACAUGACUUCCUGUCUAGCUUGAAGGUAUAGGGAGGUGGGAUUGGAUGUCUGAGGGAAUGGCAUGAAGAUUGUUGACCUCUAGUGUAUUAGUGGUGGUUGGGGAAGGAGAAUCCAGUUCUUUUUUCUCCACUGUAGUUAGGUUAUUGAUGGCAUGGAACCAAAUAUGGCUUUUCAAAUUGUUACAUAGAAUUCCUUAAUUCUUCUUCCUCAGAGCUCUGUGAAGAUGCUUUUGCAUCUCAUCAAAUGCCCUGUGUUCAGUGUGUGUUCUUCAUCAUGAAUUGUUUCCAGCAUCACUUGGGCCUAAAACUUACCCACCAUGAAAUCAGGAGAGUACGUUGACAUCUGUCUGAUACUAGACUGGUGAAUGGGAAGAAGGUCCCAUCUGUGGCCUGUUUGUGGAAGCUGAGAUGAUGAAGGCGCUUCAGUGGGAACAUGCUGUGGUACAGGGUUGACGCUCCAUCCUGUAUGUGAUAGUGGUAGAGCAAUUGGAAAGGUUACAUGCAGAGUUCUGGUAAACUAGGAUGGAAGAAUCUCAUUUCAACUCCUCACCGUACUUCUGGCCAGCAGCGCCCACAGUCUCGGGACAGAUUGAGAAUACCAUGUUCAUUAACAAGAUGAAGGAGCAGCUAUUGCCCCCAGAAAAGGGCUGCAGUCUGGCUCCCCCCCACUACCCCACCCUGCUGACGGUACCCACCUCUGUGGCCCUACCCACCGGCAUCUCCAUGGAUUCAGACACCAAGUCGGAGCAGCUGACCCCACACAGCCAAGCCCCCGUGACCCAGAACAUCACUGUGGUACCAGUGCAGUCUGCCGGGCUCAUGACAGCAGGUCCUGGCCUGGUGAUUACUUCCCACUCAGGUUCCCUGGUGACCACAGCCUCUUCUGCCCAAACCUUCCCCAUCUCUGCCCCAAUGAUUGUCUCUGCACUACCCCCUGGCUCCCAGGCUGCCCUCCAGGUGGUGCCUGACCUGUCGAAGAAGGUGAUAACCUCCCUCUCUGAAGGUGGGGGAGUUGCCCCUAAACCUCCCCGGGGCCGGAAGAAGAAGCGACUGCAGGAGUCGGGGCUGCCAGUGAUGAGCGAUCCGUUUGUGCUGUCAAACGAGGAUGAUGAGGACCAGCACAAGGAUGGCAAGACGUACAGGUGCCGGAUGUGUUCGCUGACGUUCUAUUCCAAGUCGGAGAUGCAGAUCCACUCCAAGUCUCAUACGGAGACAAAGCCACACAAGUGUCCUCACUGCUCCAAGAGCUUUGCCAACAGCUCCUACCUGGCCCAGCACAUUCGCAUCCACUCAGGGGCCAAGCCCUACACGUGCAGCUACUGCCAGAAGGCCUUCCGCCAGCUCUCCCACCUGCAGCAGCACACACGGAUCCACUCCAAGCUUCACACAGCGAUUGUCAAGCCGCACAAGUGUCCUCACUGCUCCAAGAGCUUCGCCAACACGUCCUACCUGGCCCAGCACCUCCGCAUCCACUCGGGGGCCAAGCCCUACACCUGCCGCUACUGCCAGAAGGCCUUCCGCCAGCUCUCUCACCUGCAGCAGCACACACGCAUCCACACUGGGGACCGACCCUACAAAUGUGCCCACCCAGGCUGUGAAAAGGCUUUCACCCAGCUCUCCAACCUGCAGUCCCACAGGCGGCAGCACAACAAAGACAAACCGUUCAAGUGCCACAAUUGCCACCGCGCGUACACAGAUGCUGCCUCGCUGGAAGUUCACCUGGCUACGCACACAGUGAAGCACGCCAAGGUCUAUACGUGCUCCAUCUGCAGCCGGGCCUACACCUCGGAGACAUACCUGAUGAAGCACAUGCGGAAACACAACAUCCCUGACCCACAGCAGCAAGUGGCACAGGCUCAAGUUCAGGCCUCCCAACAGCAGCACUUCCAGCCGCAGGGUGGUGGGGCAGCGGGGGGCCCUUCUGGAGACACUAACCCCCCCAACCCUCCAUCUCAUUGCUCCUUUGACCUGACCCCUUACAAGACUUCAGAGCACCACAAGAACAUCUGCCUCACAGUCAGCACCAGCACCAUCCAGGUGGAGCAUCUUUCCAGCUCCUAAGAGCGACUUUGACCCGGGGAGCAGAAAGCCUCUCGUGCAUAGCCUAUGCCCAGGGGCAAUGCUUGUGCAAUGGUCCCUCCUUGUGCAACAGCCUCUGGCCUCUCCUUGUGCAACAGCCUCUCCUGGCAGUGUACCCUGUGAAUGGCAGCCCCUGGAGUGAUAGCCUGUCUCCACAGGCAUCUUAUGCAACAGCCUGCUCCAAAGAGGGGAUACUCUCACCUGCAAGAGCCCCUCUCCUGUGCUGGGAGCCAGUUCCUCACACAUGAGCCCCUGAGUUCACACACACAAGAAAGGCCUCAUUUUUGCCUCCUGUAUAAUUUUAAAACAUGUCUUGAAGGCUGGUGGAGGGGGUACCCUCUGGGCCACAUGUGGCGGGAUGGGAUGGAAAGAGGCUGUUUUUGUGCAGAGAGGCUUGAACGCACGCUGGCAGCAGAGCAUUGACGGUUCUGACAAGGUUCACUGUGUGGGUUUUUUUUAGGAUUUUCUAAUGUGGCUAAAGGAAAACAUUAACUCCCUUCUCCUACUUGUGGAAGUGAGAAGGGGUCAGUUCUCCAGCCCUAGGCUAGGAUAAUUCCCCUGUUCCCUGGGUGAAAGGGAGAACUUUUGGGGACAGGGGAGGUGAUAUGUAUUCCCUGGGUUUGACAUUGCCUAAGCUGUUGGAGGAUGUGGGAGGGCUGCAAUUUCUCUUUCUCCCUACUGGAGAACAUGGGCAGGGUCUGUGUCUGGUCCAGCUGCCUUGUCUGCCUCCCAGCUGUAGGAGAGAGACCACCCCACAGAGAUCCAGGGGAGUGGGUUCCAGGUCGCUGCUGGGUCUGCCCUUUGUGGAUAAUGCAAUAGUAGCUCAGUCUCCAUCUUCCCCAAAAAGAGUCUGCAGGCAGCAUCAGGAAACCAAAAAAGCAGUGGGAGGAUAAGAGACUGCCACAAUGCUCAUUGCUUACCCUUUCCAGGAAUGAGGGGCAGGGUUUUUGACCCUCACCCUUCCUCCACUUAGUUCAAUAGUCUCGCUUCUGGUUCCCAAAGCAGGAGGCGAAACAGACCAGCCUCUUCAAAGAGGCAGGAAAAGGCUAAUUCCUCCUGCUCGUGUCUCACCAUGAGCAUUCUUCCAGGCUCCCUCUUGCCAAAACGGGCUGGACUCACAUGGUAAUGGUGGCCUCUUUUAGAAACAGGACCAGAUGGAUUCCCCCGGAGGUGGACAAUUGAGGGAAGGGAACAGACACCCCAACAAGGAGAGACCAAACCAAUGAGAAGGGGGAGCUGCCAAGAAUAAACUGAAAGCCCCUUGAAUUUAUUAAAAAAAAAAAAAUCUAUUUCCUACCCCUGGCCUGCUCUGUUCUUGCUGUAACUGUUUCUAUCUGUGUUUAUAAAAUGCAUUAUCCAGGCAAAUUUUUAUUUUCAA